AUGCGGAGAAUUUUGGUGCUGUGCUUAUCUGUGGCGCUUGCUUCGGCAGCUGAAAUUGAUACUACUAACCCAGGGCUUGGUUUCUACAGUACCAUCUCUCAAGAUGCAAACGCUAGGAAAGCUGAUGACAGUGGAAAAUACAUUCCAGACAACAGUGGUGCUUACAACCCAGCUCUAGACUUCUACGGUACCACCGCUCAAGGCACGACUGUUAACAAAGCUGAUGACAGUGGAAAAUACACUCCAGACAAUAGUGGCGAUUACAAACCAACACUAUCGCAGCUCGACACAACUACAUCGAGAUACAAUUUUGCAUCCUCUACGCCUGCGCCUUUCGGAUCUUACUAUCCUAAUCAUUACUACCCCGGUGCAUAUAACAACUUCGGAAGAUACGACAACAACGGAAGAUACAAUUAUUUUGGAAGAUACGACAAUAACGGAAGAUAUGACAACAACGGGAGAUACAACAAUUUUGGAAGAUACGAUAACUUUGGCAGAUACGACAACUACGGAAGAUACGACAACCUUGGAAGAUACGACAACCUUGGAAGAUACGACAACCUUGGAAGAUACGACAACCUUGGAAGAUACGACAACCUUGGAAGAUACGACAACCUUGGUAGAUACGACAAUCUUGGAAGAUACAACAACUUUGGAAGAUACGACAACUUUGGAGGAUACGACAACUUUGGAAGAUAUACUUUCGAUAACUCUGGAAGAUAUCAUCCCGGUCCAUAUUAUGCUGGUCACUACGACAAUUUUGGGCGCUAUGUUCCUCAAAACUCAGGAUUUUAUAACCCAGCGCAAGGCUUCUACGGUACCACCACCCAAGGCGUUAACGUGAACAAAGCAGAUGACAGUGGAAAAUACACUCCAGACAAGAGUGGUGAUUACAACGUAAAUCGCGGUAGUGCAGAUGGUGCAAACGCAGCGGAAAAAGUUGAAACUGCGACACCAGCGUUGAGCACUGCCUGA